ACACGUUCCAGAACUAACCUUAUUUAAUUGUUAUAUACAAGUCGUAGUCUUUCUUUAUACAUUGUAAUCUUUGUAUCAAACAGGCCAUUACAUCCUUACAGUAACCCUUGUUGUCGUCGUUAAGCAGGAACCAAAAAAUAACACCACAAACAAACCUAGUAUCGGGGUUAGCUUACCAAACAGGUUUCAAAGUUUCUAUGGCAACAAAAAAUUUGUUUAUUAGCAGCAAGAAAAUUGGAGCUGAAAUAAAAAAAAUUGUAGUAAUUUUCAAGCAAUUAAAUUGAUUCGUAUUAAAAAUUUGAAUCCAAAAUGGCAUCAUUUUUGCACUCUUGCUUAAAAGUACCCAUCGAUCCUUGUAAUAACUGCCCAGCUCCUGUCUAUAAUCGACCCAAAAUGUACUUGGGUCGUUUGUCGAUGACACCUACUGCAGCCAGUACCACCUUGCUUACAACAAGCAAAACAUGCAACUCGGAUUUAAUGGAUGGCAAAUGGUCUUGUAAUGGUGGCAUACGUCCAUUGACAAAAUUCUACGAUAGUAUACCAGAUUAUGGUGAAUUGACACAUUUAACUGAAGAGGAAUUCUACUCCACACUGGAUACUUUGAGGAGUACCUGCCGUGAAUUUAAAACCAAACCCACAAAUAUAUGUUUCGCCGAAGAACGUUGCAGUAGUAGCACAACAACGAGUUCUUCACUCUCUUCCCAUUGCCAGAGUAAAAAAUCUAAAAAGUCCAAAAAGAAGAAAAAAUCCAGUGCCAAACAUCAACGUUCAAAUAUUUCCGAAUCUCACGAAUCAGAGAGUAUCAUCGAUUUGACAAGUAGAAAUAAAUCAAUACGGAUUUCAAAUUCAGCAUACACUCCACCUGGAAGUAAACCCCACGAGGGCGGAUUUACCUUCAAAAGUUUAAAAAAGGAAUUGGAGGAGGAAGUUGAAACGUUCAAGAAAUCUCUAAGAGAAUACGAAUCGCAAUUCAAAAGACCAUCUGUAAGCAGUUCAUCCCUGUUGAAUAGAAAUGAAUCUCGCUCGUUUAGCCGAUGUUCAUCGAAAGAAAAGGCAGAUAUUAACGAAAAGGACGCUACUGAAAAAGUACCUGUUAGAAGCAAUUUCACCUCAACUUUGCGGGAACGACUACGAAAAUCAUUGUCUUUCAAUGACAUACAUUCCAUUACAGAACCGAUUGAACUGAAGGAACUCCGCGAUAAAACAAAAACAUUGGAAACAUUGUCGUAUAAAGGAAAUAAGGAUGGUCAUAAGGCUGGCAAUAAACUAAGUAAUUACUUUGCGGAAAAACCAGAUGGCGGAAGAAACAUACCGAAAAUUGUUGUUGAAACGCCGACAACGGAUACAUCUAGCGAGCGAGAGCAGAGUUCAAUGAAAUCAAAGAAUAAAUCCAAUGAUGAUAACUACAAAGUACCUUUUAAAAUUUUUGAUUUGGAUUCAUCGAAGAAGUCGCAUUGCCGAAAGCAAAACACUCCAUCUCCUGUACAUCCAGUGGCCCGGCCGAAUCUCGCUGCCACCUUAAGAGUGGAGUGUUCCAAAAAGAAAGUAAAGGAGCUAAAGAACAAUUGUACCUAUCACGAUAAGACACCGCAAGUGGAUUGGGAAGUGCGAAAAACACCAGCAUGGAAGACGUUAUCUUUAAAUGAAACCCACCAAGAAAUAAUCAAACUGCGGCUGGCUACAAGAAAAGCUGAACAAGCUUUGCAAAAACGUGAAUAUGAAUUAAACAUGGAAUUGAUGAGACAACGUGUUAAGUCGGCACCUUUGCUCUUAGAGGGUCCAACACACUGGGGACCAAAUGUCGGCAAAUUGACACACAACUGUCAACGAGAGGGCAGACGCCAUAUGUGCCAAACGAAUCAACGCAAACGAACGAAGAAAAACUCUUCCCGGUCGUAUAGUUGCAGACGUGGCCUAUUCCAUCAUUCUGAUCCCGGUGUAGAUUAUGAUCAUUUCUUGGAAACCUCAACAACGCCGAAUGCCAAUAGAUCCCAGGACUCAAGUCGAAUGUCUCAAAAAUUGAACACUUUGCGUAAAAUAUACGGUGGUGCUGGCGGAAAAUCUCAAUCACGUUGUUCGAAUCACAGUACAAACACCCACAUUUCUACCAAAUCAUCGGCGUCGAAGAAGAAAUCGCAAGAAAAGAAAACUGUAAAAUCUGAAGAGAAUUUUGUAAUGAUUGAAAAUGAUAGUGCCGAUGAAUUGUCCAGUUUGGACAGGGCCUUUUUGUAGUUAAUUCAUGUGGAAAAUAGUUUAAAUCUUAUUAAAGAAUAAAUAUUGUAAUAAAGUGGACUUGAUAAACUGUGUCAGAGUAGGAGUGCGAUUGUUUCGAUUUUGG